AUGAUAUCCACCAGCACACUCAACGCCAGACGGCGCCAGCUCAUCCGGUCUUAUGCUCCCGACUGCGUUUUCUUCAUCGCACUGAAUGAUGUACCCGGCUUCAAACGCGACUUCUCACUCGAGGACAAAACCUACGCUGUCCAUGAACGCGUUCCGCCCAUCGCACUCUACUUCAUUUGUGGAGCGGCGCCUUUCGUCCUGCAAUGCGUAAUCAAUUAUCUCACCGUGCGCUCUUGGUGGGACCUCCACAACAGCACCCUCGGAUUGCUGUUGAGUGUAGCGCUGGCCGGCGCGGUCACCCAGUUCACCAAAAUUACCGUAGGGCGCCCUCGACCUGACCUCAUUGCGCGAUGCAUCCCCAGAGCCGGGGCCGCCGACCCGACGUACGGGCUAUCAACGGCGGCAAUCUGCACCCAAACGGACAGUUUCAUGAUGACUGACGGCUGGCGAAGCUUCCCCAGCGGACAUUCCAGCCUGUCGUUUGCCGGCCUUGGAUUCUUGUCGUUCUACCUGUCCGGGAAACUUCACCUCUUCGACCACAGAGGUUGUGCGCCCAAAGCAUGGGCCGCCCUUACUCCUUUCUCAGCAGCGGCGCUCGUCGCCAUCUCGCGCACUAUGGACUACCGUCACCACGCAACCGACGUCCUCACAGGUUCUAUCCUCGGCGUCACAGCUGCCUACUUCUCCUACCGCCAGUACUACCCCUCAUUAGCGACCGAGUACUGCGAGCGCCCGUACUCGCCGCGCGUCGCGCGCGAGGAGCUGCUCCCACUGCACCGCCGCUCCGAUUCGCAGAGCACACCGAUGAUCGGCGGGGACGGCGACUCGGAAUACCCGUUCCGCGAUCAAGAGAUCGACCUCACGGAGGGGACGGUGCCGCGGGACGAGGAGGGCUAUGAGAUUUGAAAGCAUGCGAGCAGCGAGCAGACAAGGCCGCUCGAUUGACUGUUGUGAGAAUGUGGAAGGAUUUUGUGAUUUUUUGACGUAGUCUUCUGGUCGGCUUUGGAUACUGUGAUGUGGUUGCUUGGUGGUGUUAAGGGGGGGAUAGAAGGGGCGAAGGGACAUUCCCUGCCCUGCGUCUUGUGUUUUGUUGUUUGGAUGUCAUUUUGUAAGUCCCGGUAAUCGGGGCGACUAGGUACUUGACAAUCACAGCUGUAGUUGCGCUAGAGACGAGAACGUAUGCGAGCGGUUGCAAGG